AUGUUCACUACUUCCUCAGCAUGGAAGUCAUCCCAUACUACUUUCGGGUUUAUGCUCUCUCAACAUAAAUACAUCAAUGAUCUUCUUACUCGAUUUCAGAUGCAUGAGGCUCGCCCUACUCCUACACCACUCACGUCUACAACACGCCUCACUCUCUCCACAGGGACUCAGCCAGCUGAUGCAACUCUCUAUCGCCAGGUGGUUGGGGCGCUUCAGUACCUCGUCACUACGUUCCCGGAUGUGUCUUUUGUGGUUAACAAGUUGUCUCAAUACAUGCAUGCACCCACGAACGAGCACUGGCAGCAUGUGAAAAGACUUCCUCGUUAUAUUGCGGGAACUCGCACAGUUGGUCUCCAGAUUCGGCGGCAGUCCACUCCUCUCCCACUUCGUGUGUUUUCUGACUCCAACUUGGCUGGUGAUCUUGAGGAUCGCACUUCUACCUCGGGGUUCUUGAUCUAUCUAGGCGACACUCUCGUAUCAUAG